AUGGCUCCAUAUAGGCAGGGUUUGGAUCUGACUGGAUUUACAAACUCAGAUGUGACACGCAUAAAACCAGCAUUUGUCGUUCGAAAAGGCCAGCUCCGGAGGGACGCAGUUUUUCCCCGCUUUAAUGCAACGAACAGCCAUGUAGAUGAAAAGCUUACAGCAUUCCAUAUUGCUGGUUUUGAAAAGGCAGGAGAGCAAAGUAGGAACCAACAGUCUGCCUGCAGGGCUAUACCUCCCAAUAGUAGUAUACAGAGAGAAGAUGAGGAGUGGCUAAAAAAGCAGCCUCUCAUCGGGCUGUGCCCGAAACACAACUCUCAGGAGAGUGACACACAAUCUGUCUACCAGGCCAAGGUGAAGAUAGUACGGUCCAAUUCCAUUGGCAAAGGAAUAUGGCAAAAAGAAUAUCCCCCUCAGCUUCAGAAAGUAGAAGCAGACCACAUUAGGUUACCACGAUCUCAAGGAGUGGACAGUAUAAUGGAAAACACAGAAGAGUCAGAAUCGGAAUCAGAAUCUGAAAUUAAAAGAAAGGUGCAACAGAAACGACACUGCAAUUCAUAUCAGUCUGACUUGACUCUUUCUGCUACAAAAAAAAGCUUAACUCAAUUAAAGCUUUUGGAACAAAUUGAUUAUUCUACUGAUUGCCCAAACUGUGGGCGGGCAAAUGAAAAUCAGACCAAAUGCCGACAUUGUGAAAGUGCUUCUCUAAAAGAUCUGCAAAGAGUCUCCAGACAAACUGUGUCAUUAAGUGAAUCUGUGGGACCUUUAUCACGUUCUUCAAUACAUCAGAAUUCAACAGGGCAAAAAUCUUCAGGUACAGGGUUCAAUACAAAGAAGUUUUUUAGUACUGCUGUUGGGAAAGGCCCGAUGGAUAUUCUACUGAGUAACGAAGUUGUAGGACAUUCUAUGUUACGACAGAAUGGAAAAGCUGGUCUUCUAACUGGGACAAAAAAUCCUAAAAUUACAGGAACCUUAAGACAGAGGAGUACAAAACCAUCUGAACUAAAUGAUCCAAUUGUUUUGUCUAGUGAUGAUGAUGAGGAGGAGGAUAGUGGCAGCACUAGGAGAAUGGAAAGCAUUUCACCUCGUCCUGCAGAUUCAGCACGCUCCUCCCCAGCUCCUUCUACAGGAAAGGUGGAAGCAGCAUUAAAGGAAAACAGUUGUGGAAUAGAACAGAGAAUAGGUAGUAUAACAACAGAUACAGAAAUUGCAGUCACACUACCAAGAAAAGCAAGAAUGAAGGAUCAGUUUGGGAACAUUGUGUCUAACACUCCAAUAAAACGCCGUAAAGUUAUUUCUCAAGAGAUGGUAACUGAGGCCGUACCUCUAAAAAAUUAUCAAAAUUCCUGUGAAAGCGUCAUUUUGAACUGUCGAAGUAUACGAAUAGGAACACUACGAAGAAUGGUAGUGGAACCUGUAAUUUUUUGCCUGGAUUAUAUCAAAAUACGCCUGGAAAGUCAAGAAGAAUCAGAAAGUGAUAUUCGAGAGAUUAACCUGAAAACCUCAGAACUUACCAAAUGUGAAUGGUGUAGCGUCCGAAAAUUGCCAGUAGUUUUCCUACAAACAGUACCGUCAACCUGUAGUAGCCUGAGAGACCAACUGAAAAUGAGUAAAGAUAAUGUCUGGUACGAAUGUAAAGGAGACAGUCAAGAAGAACAGUACAUAAUUUUAAUUUUUGAAACUGGGCUUGAUCCUCACGCAAACUCAAUAUUUGAAAAAAUAAUUACUGAAAUUGGUAUUAGAAAUAAUAUUUCUGACUUCUUUGUGAAAAUUUCUUUUGAAGAAGCCAAUGGCAGGCUUGUUGCCUUUACUAAGUGCUUGGAAGACAACUCCAAAGGAAGUCCAUCACACAGAGAAAACAAAAUAAAAAACGUUACUUCUGAGUCCAAAAUGCAGCAGCGACCUAAACAGUUACCAUAUUUUGAGGAUGAUGAAGAAAUAGGAGAACCACAUACAGUAUUUAUUGGUCCUAUAGAAAAGUUGAUAGUUUAUCCACCUCCUCCAGCUAAAGGUGGUAUUUCUGUAACCAACGAAGACCUCCAUUGUCUAAAUGAAGGAGAAUUUUUAAAUGAUGUUAUUAUUGAUUUUUAUUUAAAGUAUUUGGUCCUUGAAAAACUGAAAAAAGAAGAUGCUGAUAGAAUACAUGUGUUCAGUUCGUUCUUCUAUAAACGCCUUAAUCAAAGAGAAAGAAGAAGUAUUCAUGAAACUUCAAACCUUUCAAUACAACAAAGACGACACGGGCGAGUGAAAACAUGGACGCGACAUGUUGACAUUUUCGAGAAAGAUUUCAUUUUUGUUCCCCUUAAUGAAGCUGCCCACUGGUUUUUGGCUGUCAUCUGUUUUCCUGGUUUAGAAAAACCCAAAUAUGAACCAAAUCCCCACUAUCAUGAAAAUGCUGCAGUACAGAUAAAAUCUUCCUCUUCAGAUGGAGAGAGCAACACACCAUCUCCUUUGCCAAAUGAGUUAGAUGCACAAAACUCGCCUUCCAAAUCCACAGCAAAGAAGACAUUGACCAAAAAGUAUAAUACAGCUUUAAUUGACCCAAAUACUGAAACAGAGGACAGUGAGCCUUCAUGUAGAAGAAGCCCUUCUAGGGGAAAAAGUACUUUCAAAAAACUAAAUCAAAUAGACAGUGAUGUGGAAGAACCUAACACUGUGGAAUCGGCAUGCCAUAAACUAGACCAUAGGACUCUCGACGAAAAUGGUAUACAGGGUGAAUUCACAACUGCUAGCCAAUCUAUGGAUGGAUUGCACAAAAUCAGGCUAAACUAUAGCGAAGACUCAGCUGAUGGCAGUAAACUAAAUGAAGAUGAGCUUAUAGAUUUUUCAGAAGACCAAGAUAACCAGGAAGACAGUAGUGAUGAUGGUGGCCUUGUAGAUGAUAACUGUAAUUCAGAAAUGGGACAAUGGUAUCUGAAGCCUACUAUCUGCAAACAGCCCUGCAUUUUGCUUAUGGACUCACUGAGAGGCCCUUCUCGGUCAAACGUUGUGAAGACACUAAGGGAAUAUUUAGAAGUGGAAUGGGAGGUCAGAAAAGGCAACAAAAGAAGCUUUUCUAAAGAAGUCAUGAAAGGUUCCAACCCAAAAGUGCCGCAACAGAACAACUUCAGUGAUUGUGGAGUGUACAUACUGCAGUAUGUGGAGAGCUUUUUUGAG